AACGACCGCCGGGCGCUUACGCCGCCGACGCCAGGAGUGACCACGUCUGGCGGCACGAAAGCGCGGAAAACCUCCUGUGGAACGCGAGGACCGAAAGCAUGUGGUUUUUGCCUCCACCACCGAAUGCAACUAAAAACAAAGGAGACUUCUUCGACAAUACGUUUCGUCUCACGUUUAAUGGACCCAAUGUCUACCGGAACAGCCAGGUUGGAUUGUUCCUUCGCAAGCCUGACUGGAAGAACAUCCAGCUGCAGCCGUUCGAGAAGAACCUGUACGUGGAACACCCGGCCACGACAAGCAGGUCGAUGGCCGAAGUGAAUGCAUACAGAAACAUCAACGGUAUAUCGGUGAAAGGGAAGAACGUGCCGAAGCCCAUCCUUGCUCUGGAAGAGUCCAACUUCCCGGACUUCAUCGUCAAGAGCAUCGAGGCCUCACGCGACCACACUUCGCCCACGUGCAUCGAGGCACACUGCUGGCCCAUCGCACUCAGGUGCAGGAACUUUCUGGGCAUCGCGAACACGGGAUCACACAAGACGCUCGCCUACGUCCUGCCGGCAGUCAUCCACGUCAGCCGGCAGCCGCCCCUGCAACAGGGAGAGGGACCCAUCGCCGUCGUGCUGGCUCCGACACGAGAGCUGGCCAAGCAGAUUCAUAACAUAGUCUUAGAGUUGGCUGAGCACGCAGGCGUGCGCAGCGUGUGCGCCUCGAAUAGAGAGCCCAAAGAAGAUCAGUACCACGAGCUGAAGGGCUGCCACAUCUGCGUGGCCACGCCUCGACGCCUCAUCGACUUCCUCGAGGAAGGCAAGGUGAAUCUGCGCCGCUGCACGUACCUCGUGCUGGACGAGGUUGACCGCAUGCUGACAUUGGGUUUGGAGCCCCAUGUCCUCAAGAUUGCCGAGCUCUGCCGACCGGACCACCAGACGAUAAUGUGGGUCAGGUUCUGGCAAAACGAGCUCAGGCCCUUUGUCGAGGACCUGCUCAACGACUAUAUCGAAAUCGAGUUCGGGACGGCGCAGCUACCCGCUGAAAACAGCGUGGAGAUGACCGUCGACGUGUGCCAGGAAGAAGAGAAGGAAGCGAAACUAGUCGAGCUCUUCAAAGAUGUCCUCAAGGAGAAGUCAAAGAAAGCCGUUGUGUUCACCGACACGAAGAGGAAGGCCGACGAAAUUGCGUGGAAGCUGCGACUCCGCGGCUGGUCUGCCAUCAGCCUUCACGGCAAGAAGACGAAAGAGGAGCGCGACUGGAUCGUUUCUAUGUUUCGUACUAGUACGUCAAGCGUGCUCGUGACGACGGACAAGGUAUCGCAGGACUUAGUCCUCGAGAACGUGUGCCUGGUUGUGAACUACGACUACCCGGACUGCUCGGACGUCUACGUGCGCAGGUCGAGCCACAUCGCGCGCUCAGGUGAACCAGGCGUUGUCCACACGUUCAUCCUUCCGACCCAGCAGAUGUAUGCCAGAAACCUUAGAGCAAUUCUGGAGGAUGCCAUGCAGCCGGUUAAACCAGAGCUCCACAACGCGGAAAAAAAGCUCGUUUGAGACGAUGACGCCUUUGACUCCGGUGGUCGGCGAGGUGCCCGGGGUGACGGCGGCCCAAAGAAGCAAUUUGUUGUCCAUGAGAAAGGCUCUUAAAAUUGCCUGCCUCUGCUUAACUGAUGCAAGAGGUAGCAGCCUGUUUUAAGUCUAUAUGCCUUGUAAAACUUAUAUAACAUUAUAUAAACUUCAGUCUAUUUGUUUUAAUUGCAGAGUUUAUUAAGGCCAUAGCCUUAGAU